GACAGGGGCCCUUCCUUCCUUGCUUGCUUUCAUGGUUGUGCACAGUGUUUUCGUGGCGUCCACCUUCGCCGCCAUCGGGCUUUUUAGGAGUUGCCAGGAGGCUGGGGGGGUUUGGGUUAGUGGAGCUGUGGUUGCGGUCUCUCUUAAUGCUGAAUUUUCUGUAGUCGCAAGGAAUAGUGUGACGGAUACGAGGUGGGUGGCGAUUUCGAUGUGGUUUUGAGGUUUAAGGAGGUGCGGGUGGUUGUUGGUUGUUGGUUGUGGAGUUUUUCCGGGGAUGGACUGUGUUUGGAUUGCAAACGGAGUGCUGUGGACGUUGAAAAGCGUUUGGUUAGGGUAGUAAGAAGCUAGCUUCGUAUUUGGAGUGCGUGAAGGCGGCCGCAGAAGUGCUCGGACUACCAAAUUGCCCGGCGUCGCGGUGUGAAGUGAAUGCGGUCGUUUUGAUAAUUCGGAUGUGAUUGCGAGAUUUGUGCUUUUGCGUGGUGAGAAUGCGAGUUCACUGCGAUGUCUGCGAGAAAAACAAGGCGGCGGUGAUGUGCUGUGCAGAUGAAGCUGCACUCUGCACGGCUUGCGACACCAGAGUUCACGCCGCUAAUAAACUUGCCAACAAGCAUGUCCGGGUUCCUCUUGUUGGGCAGCUUGAGCCACCCCGCUGUGACAUAUGCCAGGAUAAAGCAGGUUUCUUCUUCUGCUUGGAAGACAGGGCCCUUCUCUGUCGAGAUUGUGAUGUAUCCAUUCACAGCUCAAACAAGCUGUCGUCCAACCACCAGCGGUUCCUGAUAACCGGGACGAGGGUGGGUUUGGAUGCAGUCUCAGGACAGGAAGGUACAGAGCGGAUGUCGGAGGAAUCACCGAGAGUCUCAUCUCUCACCACUGUAACUAAAUCUCCCUCUCCGCCAGCCUCCAAGAGCAGUCCUUCCUCAGCUUCAAAGAUGAAUAUGGUUAGUGUCAAGCCACAACCUGCUCCCACGAAUGCAACCUCUAAUGCAAAUCCAUCAUGGUUAUCGAAUGGUGGAAGAUACACUGAGAGAGAAAAGACCAAGCUACUGUCGGUCGGGACAACCUCAGCAAAUGUCGUCGACCCGCACAGUUCGUCUUUCGGAAGGAGGAAUAGUAUCCCAGCCGACUUGUCUGAUGCUGUACCUGUAUGGGGAGUGGAUGAGCUUCUGAACCUACCAGAACUGGCGGACGGUUACCAUUUAGGUGACAUCGGCUCCUCCAAGGCUGACAUGAACAACCUUGGUGACUGCGACUGGAUGGCGGAUUUGAGCAUGUUUGAAGAGCAAAUUUACGCCGAGACGUUGCGCAAGGUUCCUCAGAUGUUCGCUCCUGCUCCAACAGCUGGGCUAUCUCGUGGAGGUAGAGCAACUGUCCUUAGCAAAGGGAAAGGAAAGCAAGAGGCAGCUAUUGUUCCCCAGUUUGAUGAUGCAUUCGUUGUACCUGACCUUGGUCUAUCAGCUAGUGCAUUGUUACCAGCUCCUGUCGCCAAACGCCGCAGAACUUAAAUUGAGUUCUUGCAACAUUUCUCACUUAAUUAUAGCUCCAUCAGUUCCGGCAUUGUGUGCAAA